AUGGCGAGACACUUGGACAGAUUAGCAUUAGAAGAGGAUGUGGAAUAUGUGAAUUCUGAAUAUGGAAAGAAUGGAGUGCGACUCUUGUCUAUUAGACGAGAAGGGAACACACAUUGUAUUAAGGAAAUUGAAGUUUCUGUACAUAUAAGACUGAACUCCGUCAAUGAAUACUUGAAUGCCGACAAUUCUAGUGUCAUCCCCACAGACACCAUAAAGAAUACAAUUCAAGCUUUGGCCAAAUGCCGAGGGAUAAGAACAAUAGAGGAGUUUGGCCUCGAUAUCUGCGACCACUUCAUCACAUCAUUUUGCCAUGUGGUAUAUUGCAAUGCCUUUAUCCAAGAGGCACCAUGGCAGCGUCUAGAAAAGGAUGGUGUUCCACAUGUCCAUGCUUUUAUGUAUAGUUCUGAAGGAAGUCGCUUUUGCGAAGUGGAACGGACUGAGAACUGUGCUCCAAUUGUUUUCUCUGGCAUUAAGGAUCUGAAGCUUAUGAAAACAACCCAGUCUGGAUUUGCAGGCUUCUUCAAGGAUGAAUACACUACACUUCCAGAAAGGAAAGACAGAGUGUUGUCAAUAGAAACACUGAUCAAAUGGUGCUAUGGUGAAUGCCCAGAGGGUCUUGACUACGACUGCAUAUGGAGAACUGCCCACGAGAGUGCUCUUGAUGCCUUUGCUGGACCCCCUGAGACAGGCCAUUACUCACCAUCUUACCAGAGGACCGUCAAUUGCAUUCAGACAUACAUCAUGGAAAGAAUUCCAGAGAUCAAGGAAGUAGAAGUGAUCUUGUCCAACAUCCACUAUUCUGUGACAGAUCUAAAACAAUUGGGACUGACCAAUGACAAAGAGAUCUUGACGCCUCAGGAUACACCUUUUGGUGCUUGUGCAUCCACCCUGCGUAGGAACAAGUGCCCAGAAACAGAGCCCAAACGUCCAGAAGAGUGCAAACCCUGCUAUUCUGUGGGAUGGAAGUCUGCCCGUUGUUGAAACUAAGAAGCCAUCUCUUUGGCAGGACAUCACUAGCAAAACAGAUCUCAUAUCAACAUGCAUAAUUUCCUCCAUGCUUGUUU